UCCUGACAGCCACCAUGAAGCUGUCCGUUGUGUGUUUACUCUUCUGUGUCGUUUGGAGAAGCUCCGGCUCGGCUCACCCUAAACCAGCCUGCCGGUACCCGCCGUCUCAGUGGUGCCGAUCCCUGGAGAUCGCCAUAGCGUGCAAUGUUGAGAAGCAGUGUAUGGAGGUGAAUGCUACCAGACCAAACCAGGCUGUUCCUCCAGUAUCUGUCAUUCUGUACUAUGAGAGUUUGUGUCCGGACUGCAGAGUCUUCAUCACCCAGCAGCUCUUCCCCACCUGGACGAUGCUUCAGGACAUCAUGACUGUCACUUUGGUCCCCUACGGGAACGCUAAGGAAAUCCCAUCAGCAAAUUCUCCCUUCACCUGUCAGCACGGAGAGCCUGAAUGCAGAGGAAACAUGAUUGAGGCCUGCAUCAUCCAUUUAACGGGACACACAGCAUUUCAGAUCAUCUACUGCAUGGAGUCGUCUGUAAAUGUUGUCAACGCUGCCCAGCCUUGUCUCCAGCUGUACGCUCCCUCCGUCUCCUGGUCGAGUGUCGACUCCUGUUGGAAGGGAGGUCUGGGAUACCAGCUGAUGCACCGCAACGCUGUCAUGACCAGAGCGCUGCGGCCCGUGCACACGCACGUCCCCUGGCUCACCGUCAAUGGGGAAUACGAAGAGGAGAAUGAGGACAAAGAGAUGUCGUCUCUGUUCUACUUCGUUUGCCAACUCUACAAGGGGGUGAAGCCUCCAGCCUGCAGUGGAGCUACAGUCAGACUGAACAGAAGCUUCUGCUGAAGACGACUCCUCACAACAUUCAUAAUGUACCAAAUAACACACCGACAUCUCAUAAACAUAUUUUUGUUUUGUAGUUGAUUACAAUGUGGGUGUGAGAUCACAAGUUGUUUUUGU